CAGAGCCACCCACGACCGGUAGAGUGGAGUAGCCUCAGUUAGCUCUGGUUGAUUAGCUUGCAAAACUGUCAUCCAGUUAUGGGACUGUCAACUGUGGUUCUGUAAUGGUUCGGAAAGCUAUCUACUUUCAAUACUAUAUAUAUUAUUAAUAGAAACGAUAUAGUUUGUUUUCGUACAAUAUUGAUUCGCUAUGGUUUCCAUAAACCCAAUCGCUCGCAAAAUCUUUAAUUACAUUCCAUUUGUUCUUGUUUUGAUAGACCUGCGAUAUGAAGGUGUAAGAAGCGACAAGGAUGGCAGCGUCGAGAACCACCUUGAGAUGGGAAAGAAACUGCUAGCUGCUGGACAGUUGGCUGACGCAUUAUCACACUUCCAUGCAGCUGUUGAUGGAGAUCCCCAAAACUACAUGGCCUACUACAGGAGAGCUACAGUUUACCUGGCCAUGGGCAAGUCUAAGUCUGCCCUGCCAGAUCUCAGCAAAGUCAUAGAACUCAAACCAGACUUCACAUCUGCAAGGCUUCAGAGAGGCAACCUGUUGCUGAAGCAGGGAAGGUUGGAUGAAGCUGAGAGCGACUUUAAGAAAGUGCUGAAGUCCAACCCCAGUAGCAAAGACCAGAUGGAGGCCGAGAGGCAGCUGACCAAAUCCGACGAGAUCCAGCGUCUGGUGGUUCAGGCUCAGAAUGACUUUGACCGUCGGGAUUUCAUCACCGCCGCCGCACAGCUGGACACCGUCAUAGAGACAUGCGUGUGGGACGUGAGCUCUCGGGAGCUGCGUACGGAGUGCUUCAUCCAGCUGGGGGAGAUGGGCAAGGCCAUCAGCGACCUGAAGGCCACGUCCAAACUGAGGAACGACAACACGCAGGCCUUCUACAAACUGAGCACCAUCUACUACAGCAUGGGAGACCACGAGAUGUCCCUCACCGAGGUACGAGAGUGUCUGAAGCUAGACCCGGAUCACAAGCUGUGCUACAGUCACUACAAGCAGGUGAAGAAGCUCAAUAAACAGAUCCAGUCUGCGGAGGAGCUCAUCGACCAGCAGAGAUACGGCGAUGCCGUGAGCAAGUACGAGGCGGUGAUGAAAACCGAGCCUAACGUGCAGCAGUACUCCCUGCACGCCAAGGAGCGCAUCUGCCACUGCCUGGCCCAGGAUCAGCAGGCGGAGAGAGCCAUCAAGGUGUGCAGCGAGGUCCUCAAGUCGGACCCCCAGAACGUCAACGCGUUAAAGGGCAGAGCUGAAGCCUACAUCCAAGACGAGCAGUAUGAAGAAGCUGUCAGGGACUUUGAGGCUGCCAAGGAGCACAGCGAGAACGACCGUCAGAUCAAGGAGGGUCUGGAGAAAGCCCAGCGACUGCUCAAACAGUCCCAGAAGAGAGACUACUACAAGAUCCUGGGUGUCAAGAGAUCUGCCCAGAAGAAGGAAAUCAUCAAAGCCUACAGGAAGCUAGCACAGCAGUGGCACCCAGACAACUUCCACGGCGAGGAGGAAAAGAAGAAGGCAGAGAAGAAGUUCAUAGACAUCGCUCAGGCCAAGGAGGUUCUCACUGACCCAGAGAUGAGGAGCAAGUUUGACCAGGGAGAAGACCCCAUGGAUCCACAGAGCCAGCAGGGAGGUGGUCAUCACCACCAGAACUUCCAUGGAGGCUUCAACAGCUACCAGGGCGGCUUCAACCCCUUUGGCUCUGGACCGUUCAACUUCAAAUUCAACUACAACUGAGCCGACAGACGUCAGAGCUCUGUUCAGCAUGGCUGCAGCUCCUCAUGAUCUCACGAGCCUGUCAGGGAAGGAGCUCGCGAACAGCACACCGGCGUGUUCCAGGAGAUGUGAAGACAACUGUGACUUUUUGAGCACAAUAAAGAUGUAUUAUGGUUCAGUA